AAAGCACAUUGUUUAAAAACUAUCGACUGUGGAGUAUUACACAAUAGAGUAUUAAAGAUAGCGGUACAGUUAUGAUAUCUGUUCAAAAAGAUAUAAAAACCGUUUAUGAAUCUAUGAAACCGAUUCUACUUUUGUCAAAGUUGGCAGGGGUUUGUACUUUAACCAGUAAAAAGCAUAUUGAAGAAGUUGGGCGGUCUAAAUUAUUGACUGUGAUUCAGAUUCUUAUACUUCUUAUUAGUAUGGCUCAUUUAGGAUUUAUUCCGUAUGCAGUUAUUUAUAUUGAAGAGAUGCCAGAAAUAUCUUUGAAAUUAAACAGUACCUUAGAACAAACGGGAGCUUUAAGUAGCCAGAAAUUUAUAACCAAAAUGGCUAAUAUCGUUUUGAUAUCAAUUAUGUCAAUUUUAGUAAGAUUUUCUAAUUUAAUCCAUAUGCCCAAGUAUUUACCCCCUCUAUUAGUAGAGAUUCAAAACGUUGAUAUAAUUAUUCCUUCGUUGGAUAAUAGUGAUUUUAGAAGAAAUAUUAUUUUAUCAAUGUUAUUAUUAAUAGUAUCCUGGCCAUACCAAAUUUACUCCAUCUUGAUAGUGACAACCGACAAUUGGAUGGCAUUCCUCAUGUUCUAUUUGAAUUUGUACAACAAUUUCUCCAUCAUAUCUUGCGAAUUUCAAUUUGCAAGUUUAUGCUGGAUUGUCCAAUCUAGGUUUGAAAGACUAAUUCAUAACUUGGAAGAUAUACAUAACAAACACUAUAUAGAGAAUGGUAAUUUAGUGUUAACGAAACUCGCUACAACAAAAAGAUAUACAAGAUUAAUGACAAAGGCAUUCUCAAAACUUAACAAGCUCCAUGGUUUUCAACUAUUAGUUAUACUUGCCGGAUUAUCUUUGAACGUAUUGUUUGGCUUAUAUUUUACAAUAUUUGGAGGCUUCACGAAAAACUCCAACAAAACUAGUGCUACUUUCCAGAAAAUUUCCAAUGUGAUCAACGAAGUGCUUUGGAGUGUCUAUUAUUUAGCAAGAUUUGUUUUUAUUUGUGUUGUGGCAGAGAUUGUAACUCAUAAGGCUAAUACACCAAAGAAAAUAAUCUGUAACAUUUUAAACAAAACCAGCUCAGAACAUUUACAACAAGAGCUUUGGACAUUUUUAUCACAUACAAUGGUAAACAAAUUGGUUUUCACAGCCUCUGGAUUUUUUAGAAUAAAUAAAGCAUUGAUAACUUCGGCGGUUUCAAUGGGAACAACAUACUUAGUAAUUCUGGCACAGUUUCAAAAUAAGUAGAACACUACCAAAACAUCAGUAGAAAGCAAUAUAUUUUGUCUUAAAUAUAGAUAUAUACUUUAGAAUAAAGUUUCCUAAACAAUAUUUAAGUUUGUUUUAUUUCCUUCUUUGCCUAUACAUAAUCCAAAGAAACUGUUGAUAGUAAAACAUAAGUUGAGUCAUUACAAUAGUAGAAUGUCUCUAUCUAAUAUUACCUAGAUGGGAGCCCCUUUAUAGCAAAUGGAAGGUAUAAUCUGCAAAUGCCUUCUGAAAUUUGAAAAAAAAAUAAUGAGAACCAUAUUGAGCCACAAUGUAACAAGAGAGGGUGAAAUAAGAAUGCAAACAAAUGCUAACAUUGAAGAAGAAUUAAAGGGAGAAAAUAUAGUCAGAUACAUAAAAACCCUUCGCUUAGAAUGGAUGUUGAGACGGAUAACUAAG